ACCCAGCUUUGGGGCUGCUCUUUCCAAACCAAGUGGACUAGGAACACUAGGGCACCUGUCUCCACACUGCCAUCCCUGCUCAGGGUCAAGGUGUCCCAAUCUUACCACUGGUGCUUACACCCUUCCUGCCACCUCCCCAACCCACAGCCCAGGGGCAGAUGGAGAAUAGUAUCAGACCCAGGACUUCCCACAAGGGUAGGAGCCAGGUGGCCUGGUGGGGUACAGGACAGGCUGCUGCUGCGUGCUACAGGGGGCCUUCCUGCCCCUGGCAGCAGGAAUCAGAGACGUGGUAACCGGAUCCUGUAGAGGAUCUGGCGGCCACUGAGGGUGGAGGGCUGCGAUCAGGUUGCCGGCCUGCCGAGUUUUCCACUGGGCUGCAUUUUGUACCCUGGGAAAGAGCUGGGCUGGACUGGGGGUCUGAGCUGGGGAGCGGGAAGCCCCAAAGUAAUAGGAAGAAGGGGAGCCGAGAGGCAAGGAGUCCACGAGCUACAGGGCAUAGGACCCAGGCAGCCGUGGGUAAGGACAGGAGGUGGGCAGCCUCUCUCCUGUCCUGCUGGGCACAGACCCUGGCCUUGGUGCCAUCCAGGAGCCACUGAAAUCCAAGAUGGGGGUAAGGCACUGUGGCUACCACUCCUAAGCCGGCGUUUCUGAUCCGUCCCCCCUCACCCGCCCUCCGCUGCCCGCUGGCCAUGUAAGCUCUGCCUGGGUGGCCAAGGCCACAAGAGAGGCAGCACUGGAACAGGUAACGUCCAUGUCACUGGCUAGGCUUGGGAGCCAAGGGCGAGAUAGACAGAUCUGGGCCUCUGGGGGGUCCACAGGGCCCCUGAACAGUCAGAGAGAGCCUCCCAGGCAGCUGAAGCAACGUGGCUAGCCUCAAAGAUGCCAACCAACGGCUUGCACCAGGUGCUGAAGAUCCAGUUUGGCCUCGUCAAUGACGCCAACCGCUACCUGACAGCAGAGAGCUUCGGCUUCAAGGUCAAUGCUUCAGCAUCCAGCCUCAAGAGGAAGCAGAUCUGGGUCCUGGAGCCUGACCCAGGCCAGGGCACUGCUGUGCUGUUCCGCAGCAGCCACCUAGGCCGCUACCUGUCAGCAGAGGAGGACGGGCGUGUGGCCUGUGAGGUGGCUCAGCCGGGCCGUGACUGUCGCUUCCUGGUCUUGCCACAGCCUGAUGGCCGCUGGGUGCUGCAGUCAGAGCCGCACGGCCGAUUCUUCGGCGGCACCGAGGACCGGCUGUCCUGCUUUGCCACAGCUGUCUCCACGGCAGAGCUGUGGACUGUGCACCUGGCCAUCCACCCACAGGCACAUUUGUUGAGCGUGAGCCGUCGGCGCUACGUGCACCUGUGCCUUCAGGAAGACGAAAUGGCGGCAGAUGGUGACAUGCCGUGGGGUGUGGACGCACUGGUCACCCUCAUCUUCCAGAGCAGGCGGUACUGCCUCAAGUCUUGCGACAGCCGCUACCUACGCAGUGAUGGUCGCCUUGUCUGGGAGCCCGAAGCCCACGCCUGCUACACACUAGAGUUCAAGGCAGGCAAGCUGGCCUUCAAGGACUGUGAUGGUCGCUACCUGGCACCCGUGGGGCCUGCGGGCACACUCAAGGCUGGCCGCAAUGCGAGGCCCGGCAAAGACGAGCUUUUCCACCUGGAACAGAGUCACCCGCAGGUGGUGCUGGUAGCUGCCAACCACCGCUACGUCUCUGUGAGGCAAGGAGUCAAUGUCUCGGCCAAUCAGGAUGAAGAACUGGACCACGAGACCUUCCUGAUGCAAAUCGACCAGGAGACAAAGAAGUGUACUUUCUAUUCCAGCACUGGGGGCUACUGGGCCUUGGUCACGCACGGGGGCAUUCAGGCCACAGCGACACAAGUCUCGGCCAACACCAUGUUUGAAAUGGAGUGGCAUGGCCGGCGGGUGGCACUUAAAGCCAGCAAUGGGCGUUACGUGUGCAUGAAGAAAAACGGGCAGCUGGCAGCCAUCAGUGACUUUGUGGGUGAAGACGAGUUAUUCAUCCUCAAACUCAUCAACCGGCCCAUCCUGGUGCUGCGUGGCAUGGAUGGCUUCGUGUGCCACCGCCGAGGCUCUAACCAGCUGGACACCAACCGCUCCACCUACGACGUGUUUCGCCUGAGCUUCAGGGAUGGCGCCUACCAGAUCAGAGGCCGUGGAGGUGGGUUCUGGUACACCGGCAGCCAUGGAAGCGUGUGCAGCGACGGCGACCUGGCGGAGGAUUUCCUCUUCGAGUUCCGAGAGCGUGGCCGCCUGGCCAUCCGUGCCCUCAGCGGCAAGUACCUGUGUGGCGGCGCCUCAGGGCUGCUGCGAGCUGACGCAGACCUGCCGACAGGGGAAGCUCUCUGGGAAUAUUGAGGACUCACAGGGGGUGGGGUCAACUCCAGAGCCCCAGCAACCCAGCAUUAAACCUUUGUUGC